GGAUUCCUUCACUUUUUCAGUUUCUCCGGUUACUGCUGCGGGUACCACCAGAGUGCUGAGCUGGACAAGGAUACAGCUGUACCUCAGCAUCUCUCUCCAAACUACCAAAUAAAUAAGAAGAUAGUUUUUUUCCCCCCUUGCUCCUGCAACUCCUUCUUGCAUUCCCAACUUGCAACAAAGUUCAUUCCUCUUUGUGCUGCAGCAUCUGAGGUGCGACCCUGAAGUUACCUGCCCUGUAAGAGAGAUCGUCCCCAGAGUGAAGAGUCCCGGAUGGAGAUUUGAAUUCUUAUUUCGCACUACUCCAACAAACAGUGGAUAUUGGGAUACUCGCAGGUACAAGUUGCUGUGCGCUCAAAUAGAACUGUUGGGCAGAUGCCAUUGCGAUGCUGUGGAUGUGACUUCAAACAACAGCUUCACAACGGUAGAGUCCUGUAAACAACAAUGAAAGACGACUUUGCCGAUGAGGAGGAGGUGCAGUCCUUUGGUUAUAAGAGGUUUGGAAUUCAGGAGGGUACAGAGUGCACCAAGUGUAAAAAUGACUGGGCCCUGAGGGCAGCUAUCGCACUGCUCUAUGUUCUCUGUGCCUUGCUCACUAUAGCAGUGGCCGUCCUCGGAUACAAAGUGGUCCAGAGAAUGGACAAUGUCACAGAGGGCAUGCAGAAUGAUGGAGGCAAGAUCCAUGCUGUGGAGACAGACCUAAAUAAACUAGAUAAUCAGGCAGGAGUGAAGUCAGUUAAUGCCACAAGUGACAUCAAGACGUUCAAGUUAGAUCUGGACGCAUUACACAACCAGCUGAAUGAUGUUGCUCUCAGGGCAACUAGGAACAGGGACGUGCUGGAUGAGCUUCAUAUCACUGGAGAUGACAUGCAGAACGGACACGUCUCCCUGCAGAGUUUUAUGCAAGGCAACGCGGCCUCACUGCGCGGGGUCAACCAGACUUUGGCCUCCUACAGUGGCAUGAUUGACGACCUCCAGACAGACACUGCACGGCUCCAGUCAGAGAUACAGGGCCAGGUCAAAGUGCAGAGCCAGACCCAGGUUAGUAUCAGUGCACUAAACAUCACCCAGUCCCAGCAGCGCAAUCUGCUCGGCACGCUGCAGAAGACGGUCGAAGACGCUGGCCAGGCGGUGCAGAAACUGAAGAAUGACUAUCAGGGUCUGCAGCAGACAGCCAGGCAGACCCGGACUGACACAGAGUGGCUAAAGGAAAAAGUCCAGAACCUCCAGGUUUUGGCAGCCAAUAACUCAGCCCUGGCCCGUUCCAAUGGAGAAGCUCUGGAUGACUUGGGGACUCAGCUCAGCACACUCGCCAGCCAGAUCCAGAACACCUCAGCUCUCAGUGAGGAGCAUGGCCAGAGUCUGCAUGAGCUGAUGGACCGCCAGAGAGACCACGAUAACGCCACCUCAUCUAAGUUUGAUGAGAUGGAAGCACGGUUAGACAGACAUGAGAAUGACAUGGACCGUGUGACUGGAAACGUGAGCUUCGCCACACAGCUCCUCGGUACCAUCACCUCCGACUUGAACAGCCUGAGGUCCUGCGCUGAAACAGUGAUGCGACAUUCAGACCUCUUACUGGGGCUGAAUGAUAGUGUGACAGAGGCCAAAGCAGAUAGCAAAGAGCUGCGUGCACAGCAAGAUGAGCUGGUUGCCAGGUUGGAUAAAGAGGUCAGCAACCUCUCUAUAGUGAUGGAGGAGAUGAAACUGGUGGACAGCAACCACUCACAGCUCAUUACCAACUUCACCAUCCUGCAGGGUCCACCAGGUCCAAGGGGUCCCAGGGGUGACAAGGGUCCCCAGGGGCCAGUGGGUCAGUCAGGACAAAAAGGUGCUAAAGGAGACAAAGGCAUGCCGGGGUUGGUGGGACCUAAAGGAGAGAAAAGUGCUGCUGGUCCACCAGGUGCGACAGGUCCAAAGGGUGCAGCUGGGACUCGUGGUCUUUCUGGGGCUAAAGGAUCGAGAGGGUCUGGAGGUCGACCUGGAAAUUCUGGUGAAAAAGGUGACCCGGGGACUCCGGGGUUUCCUGGUAGAGAUGGACUGUCCGGGUUGCCAGGACCACAAGGGCCACAGGGGCCCAGAGGAGCAGCAGGACCUGCAGGGCUUGAAGGGCCUCGCGGGCCUGUUGGACCGAUUGGCCCUCCCGGUCCUUCAGGGCUACCCGGGUUACCUGCGCCUGAACCUCCGCUCUCAAAACCUCCUCAGCCCACUCAGCCCACUCAGCCCGCUAAGGUUGCUAAGGUCCCUGAAACCCCUAAACCACCUCAACCCGCCAAACAACCUCAACCCGCCAAACAACCUCAACCCCCUAAACCACCUCAACCCCUCAAACCAUCAGUGGAACCAGAAGGAUCUGUGUCCCACCAGAUCCAACCCCCUGUCGCUACUACUCCUGCGCCUGGUUGCCCACCUGAGUUCAGAAGGUUUGGAGACAGCUGCUAUUACUUCUCCUCUGGGUCUCAGAGACUCAACUUUGACGAGUCCAACCAGUUUUGUACUAACAUUUCAUCUCUAAUGCUCAUUAUUAAUGACAAUGAGGAACAGCAAUUUGUGAGAAAUACAAUUGCAGGAAAAGGCUAUUUCUGGCUGGGCCUUACUGACAGGGGGGAGGAAAAUGUCUGGAAAUGGGUGGAUGGAACCUUACCUGCUUUUAAGAAGUGGAAGCCUGGUCAGCCUGAUAACUGGACCCAUGGCCACGAAGAUGGCGAGGACUGUGCUGGCCUUAUCCAUAAUGCCAAUUGGAAUGAUUUCUACUGCACUGACCGCAUCGGCUUCAUCUGUGAACGUGCCUCUGAUGACUUGAUAUUUCCAGUUUUAUAGCAUCCAUCUAAGACAGUGUGAGCUGUUUCUGCGAGAAAGGUGAAGAGGCUGAAGUUGAGGUUGAAGAUGCGAGGAUAAUGAAGGACAUGAGGAGGAACUCUACAUGACUAGAGGACUCUGAUAACGCCAGCUCAGUCAAGCAUCACUGAGACUUGGACCGGUCUUUGUCUUAAAGGCACUUUACAACACAGUAUGGUGCAAAAGACAGAGCAUUGCACAUACCCAGCCCCCUUUUUAUUGAUUUAGUAUGUGUACUGAAGGAAACAUGAGAAUGUAGGGAUUUAUUUAGGCUAUACUAAGUCAUUGAUUGGGGCAGCCUCUGUUGUACAGGUGUAUCUGUAAAUAAUAUUUCAGAAAAGGUACCGGUUGUGAUUGAAAUCCAUAGUGUUUUAUUUUCUAGCUGCUUUCUCAUUCAUCACACUUACAACAAAUAUCUAUAUAAGAGGAUUAUGUCGUUAAUAAAAUUGAACUAUUUUUAUACUGUCAAAUACUUUACAGAUUCAGAACUGUGAUUAGAAAAAGGCUCCUGGGAAAUGAUGAGCGCUAUCUCACCAUCAGUCAAACUCAGAUAAUAAAUAUAGAGAAAGUUAGUAUGAAUUUCACCUUUAUAACAAACUGAAAUAUCAAUGUCUUUUUUUGUUUCUUUUUGAGAAAAGUUGCUCAGUGUGAGCAGUGCUGCUGUUUUAUGAAGGACAGUAUGUUUUAGACUUUAUGAGUUUUAUACAGUGUGAGGCACACAUUAACAAUAUGUAGAUUUUUUGUUAUGCAGUCAUCAUACAAUGAGUUAUUCAUUAUGCCAAAUACAAUAUGUGAAAUAUGUUACAUGUUUAUAAUUUGCGUAAUCAAUUGUUAUUGUUGUAUGAUCAACUUUUUCCAAAUCAUAAUAUGCUUAAAGAUUGAGUAGCAGUUUGUAAUCUGGCUCAAGGAUCAUUAUGCCUUAAUGAAAUUACAAAGUUCUUCUGGAUCACAAUAAAAUUGUCAGUUAUUUUUAUUCUAUGAAAUAUUGUUAUAAAUGCAUUUAGAUAAUAUGGUAUGAAAAGUCAUGUCUUUGUUUAAUAAAUGUUUUAAAAACUGAA